CGGGCGCUAGCUGGGGGAGCUGCUGCAGGCUCCGCGGCGGCGGCUGCAACGGAGGCUGCGGGGGCGGCGGCGCGAGCGGCCGGGCUUGGGGGGGUAGCCGAGCCCGGCCCGGGAGCCCAAGCAGCUAAAGUGCGGGGUACCUAGGCCCUUCACGCUGGACUCCACAGUCUCCGGGCCGCCUGACCUCCGCACGGGUAUAUGGGAUGGAAGCGGGACCCUCGGGAGCAGCUGCAGGCACCUACCUGCCCCCCCUGCAGCAGGUGUUCCAGGCACCUCGCCGGCCUGGCAUUGGCACCGUGGGGAAACCAAUCAAGCUUCUGGCCAACUACUUUGAAGUGGACAUCCCUAAGAUUGACGUCUACCACUACGAGGUGGAUAUCAAGCCGGAUAAGUGUCCUCGCAGAGUCAACCGGGAAGUGGUGGAAUACAUGGUCCAGCAUUUCAAGCCUCAGAUCUUUGGUGAUCGCAAGCCCGUGUAUGAUGGAAAGAAGAACAUUUACACUGUCACAGCACUGCCCAUUGGCAAUGAACGGGUUGACUUCGAGGUGACAAUCCCUGGGGAAGGGAAGGAUCGAAUCUUCAAGGUCUCCAUCAAGUGGCUAGCCAUUGUGAGCUGGCGCAUGCUGCAUGAGGCCUUGGUUAGUGGCCAGAUCCCCGUUCCCCUGGAGUCUGUGCAAGCCCUGGAUGUGGCCAUGAGGCACCUGGCAUCCAUGAGGUACACCCCUGUGGGCCGCUCCUUCUUCUCACCGCCUGAGGGCUACUACCACCCGCUGGGGGGUGGGCGCGAGGUCUGGUUCGGCUUUCACCAGUCUGUGCGCCCUGCCAUGUGGAAGAUGAUGCUCAACAUUGAUGUCUCAGCCACUGCCUUCUACAAGGCGCAGCCAGUGAUUGAGUUCAUGUGUGAGGUGCUGGACAUCAGGAACAUAGAUGAGCAGCCCAAGCCCCUCACGGACUCUCAGCGUGUGCGCUUCACCAAGGAGAUCAAGGGCCUGAAGGUGGAAGUGACCCACUGUGGACAGAUGAAGAGGAAAUACCGCGUGUGUAAUGUUACCCGCCGCCCUGCCAGCCAUCAGACGUUUCCCUUGCAGCUGGAGAGUGGACAGACUGUGGAGUGCACAGUGGCACAGUAUUUCAAGCAGAAAUAUAACCUUCAGCUCAAGUAUCCCCACCUGCCCUGCCUGCAAGUUGGCCAGGAACAAAAGCAUACCUACCUGCCCCUAGAGGUCUGUAACAUUGUGGCUGGGCAGCGCUGCAUUAAGAAGCUGACUGACAACCAGACUUCAACCAUGAUAAAGGCUACAGCUAGAUCGGCCCCAGACAGACAAGAGGAGAUCAGCCGCCUGAUGAAGAAUGCCAGCUACAACCUAGAUCCCUACAUUCAGGAAUUUGGGAUCAAGGUGAAGGAUGACAUGACGGAGGUGACGGGGCGAGUGCUGCCGGCGCCCAUCUUGCAGUACGGCGGCCGGGUGAGCAGGAACCGGGCCAUUGCCACACCCAAUCAAGGUGUCUGGGACAUGCGGGGGAAACAGUUCUACAAUGGAAUUGAGAUCAAAGUCUGGGCCAUUGCCUGCUUCGCACCCCAAAAACAGUGUCGAGAAGAAGUGCUCAAGAACUUCACAGACCAGCUGCGGAAGAUUUCCAAGGAUGCAGGGAUGCCCAUCCAGGGCCAGCCUUGCUUCUGCAAAUAUGCGCAGGGGGCAGACAGCGUGGAGCCCAUGUUCCGGCAUCUCAAGAACACCUACUCAGGGCUGCAGCUCAUUAUCGUCAUCCUGCCAGGGAAGACGCCAGUGUAUGCUGAAGUGAAGCGUGUUGGAGAUACACUCUUGGGAAUGGCUACACAGUGUGUGCAAGUGAAGAAUGUGGUCAAGACCUCGCCUCAGACUCUGUCCAACCUUUGCCUGAAGAUCAAUGUCAAACUUGGUGGCAUUAACAACAUCCUAGUUCCACACCAACGCUCUGCUGUCUUUCAACAACCAGUGAUAUUCCUGGGAGCAGAUGUUACACACCCCCCAGCAGGGGAUGGGAAAAAACCUUCUAUCACAGCAGUGGUAGGCAGUAUGGAUGCCCACCCCAGCCGUUACUGUGCUACUGUGCGGGUGCAGCGACCUCGGCAGGAGAUCAUUGAAGACUUAUCCUACAUGGUACGUGAGCUGCUCAUCCAGUUCUACAAGUCCACCCGCUUCAAGCCUACCCGCAUCAUCUUCUACCGAGAUGGGGUUCCUGAAGGCCAGCUCCCCCAGAUCCUCCACUAUGAGCUGCUGGCCAUUCGUGAUGCCUGCAUCAAACUGGAAAAGGACUACCAGCCCGGGAUCACUUAUAUUGUGGUGCAGAAACGCCAUCACACCCGCCUUUUUUGUGCUGACAAGAAUGAGCGAAUUGGGAAGAGUGGUAACAUCCCAGCUGGGACCACUGUGGACACCAACAUCACCCACCCAUUUGAGUUUGACUUCUAUCUGUGCAGCCACGCAGGCAUCCAGGGCACCAGCCGACCAUCCCAUUACUAUGUCCUUUGGGAUGACAACCGUUUCACAGCGGAUGAGCUCCAGAUCUUGACGUACCAGCUGUGCCACACUUACGUACGAUGCACACGCUCCGUCUCAAUUCCAGCACCUGCCUACUAUGCCCGCUUGGUGGCUUUCCGGGCACGAUACCACCUAGUGGACAAGGAGCAUGACAGUGGAGAGGGGAGCCACAUAUCGGGGCAGAGCAAUGGGCGGGACCCCCAGGCCCUGGCCAAAGCCGUGCAGGUUCACCAGGAUACUCUGCGCACCAUGUACUUCGCUUGAAGGCAGAACGCUGUUACCUCACUGGAUAGAAGAAAGCUUUCCAAGCCCCAAGAGCUGUGCCGCCCAAAUCCAGAGGAAGCAGGGAGGAGGGAGGUGGGGCAGGGAGGAAUGCAGAAGGCCUUGUUUCCUCUACAGAGGGGGCGAAAGGGUGGGGAACAGGGCCAGUAAGCCAGACCACCAGCCAGAAAUCUCUGAUAUUCACCUCAUGCCCUCCACCCCUCACCCCAUCUUGUCACAUCUGGCCCUGACUCCACUGGACCAAGAGAGGCAGCCCCGGUGCCCACCAUACACACAGAUGUCGCAUGUGACUCACAGUGCUAAAGACUCAUGCCUGACAGCUUGGUAAGGUCGGCCCUGCAGCCCUGCAGACAAAAGCUGGUAGGUUUGGGUUUGAUACUUUAGAUGGGAAAGUGAGGGGCUUGAAAAGUGGGUGGGAGGAGGGAAGGAUUUUUUAGGAGCCUUAAUCAGAAAAGGUCUAGAUUUGUUUAAGAAGAAAAACGAAACCAGAUGCAGAUCAAUAUUUUAGGAUACUAGAUGUUUUAAUGGGUUGAGAAUCCAGCUUGUAGGAAGAUUUUUAAUGCUAAUGAUUUGGUUGCCCCUCCCCCAGCUGCCACUCCUCUUUCCCUUAUUCCUCUUUUUCCACCUUUUCUACCCCACCUUACACCUUCUCCCUGACAGACAUCCAGCCCCUAGUAAGACUUAAGGCACUAUGGCACUUAGCUCUGAAGUGACACGACCCUGUCUUCCUUCCGCCUGCUGGUGGGUAACCAGUGCCUUCCCUGUAACGGUAAUGCUGCAGAACUGCAACCUUUUGUACCUAUUUUUGGGGGGGUGGGGGCGGGGUGGGGGUGGGAGAGGAGGUAGGUGGGGAUGAAAUACCCCUAACCCAACAAGCCUCCAGCCAGAGCGCCAGCUACUUUGCAUUUGAAGGAGUUGACUUCCAUAUUCAUUGAGCUUUUAAAAAGAUCGCCACCUCAAGAUGGUUAAAAUCCAUUGACAUUUGCACUUUCAGACAUGACAAGUCUCUCGGAGCUGCUGAGGUGACUGGCCUCUGGCCUUUCCACUUACGUCUCCUUUCUUCCUGUCCCUGCUUCCUCCCCACCUGCCUGGGUCUGGAGUUACUUUCAUAGCAUUUCUCACUCUUGGCUUCUUUUUUUUCCCUGACGAUCAAGUCUGUUUAUGUUUCAAUAUUUUUUAACUGGGGUGUCUUUUAACAAACGAUCCUUAGGUCUAAAAUAAGAAAAAAAAAAAAAAGCAAAAACUAAAUGUUAUUUUUA